GGGGGAAUAGGGAACACACACAGGGCACAAAUGGCCUAAGAGAAAUCGUUGUGUGAAGCCCAAAUCUAAAACCCUAGAAGAAGCCAUGAGAAGAACCUUGCUGAGAAACGUCUCCCUCUGCACUCGGACUCUUCUCUCUCCUUCCUCCUCCAAGCCAAGCGCUUCUCCAACUCCCAUUUCGUCUUCAGCUUCGGCUUCAUCUGCUUUCAAGUUCCGAUUUUUCUCAUCCGAAAAUGACUCAUCAACAGAAAAUCCCAAACCCCUUGAAGAAACCAGCUUGGCCCAACCCCAGAAGAAGGAAGUCUCCAUCGAUGUUCCCGAUGUCAGCAAUAAGGAGCUGAAAAUGCGAAUAGAGAAAUACUUCAAAGGUGAUGAGGAGGCACUUCCUUCAAUUCUUGAAGCAAUAAUGGCAAGGAAGUUGGCUGGGAAGCACGAGGACACGGAUGAUGAGUUGAUGGAUGAACUUCGCCUCCAGCCACUAGAUGAUGUUAAAGACAAAGAUUUUGAAUCAGAUUUUGAGGAAAUCUAUGAAACUGAUGAAGAGAUUGAUGAUUUGUACAAUGCAAGGGAUAUUGUGAUGAAGAGAAUGGCGCAUGAUGAGUACUUCAACAUGGAUGACCGAAAGUGGGAUGACAUGAUUAAAGAGGCAACUGAGAAAGGGUUUCUUAAGGAUACUGGAGAAUGUGAGCGGAUUCUAGAGGAUAUGCUUAGCUGGGAUAAACUUCUUCCAGAUGAGAUAAAGCAAAAGGUUGAACAGAAGUUCAACGAGCUGGGGGAUAUGUGUGAAAGAGGGGAGCUUGAACCUGAAAAGGCUUAUGAGCUGUUCAAGGAGUUUGAGGAUAAGAUGGUCAUGGAAUGUGCACAGUUGAUGGAGGCCGAGGGACCCCCGCAGUUUGAUGAGACACCAGAGCCAGACAAAAAAUUGCGUUUAGACGAUCCACCAGGUGAGGGGCCAAUCCUUAGGUGGCAAACACGUGUAGUUUUUGCUCCUGGUGGUGAUGCAUGGCAUCCCAAAAACAGAAAGGUCAAAAUGGCAGUUACUGUGAAAGAGCUUGGUCUGUCGAAACAUCAAUUUCGUCGGUUGAGAGAAUUAGUUGGAAAACGGUAUCAUCCAGGGAGAGAUGAGCUUACAAUCACCAGUGAGAGGUUUGAACACCGUGAGGAGAACAGAAAGGAUUGUCUUAGGACUUUAUUUUCACUCAUUGAGGAGGCUGGAAAAGCUAAUAAGUUGGCAGAGGAUGCUCGAGCUUCAUAUGUCAAGGAUAGACUCAGAGCGAAUCCUAUGUUCAUGGAGAGGUUGCGAGCUAAGACCAUGAGAUUGCAGGGAUCUAAUUCUGCAGCUGCUUGAGAUUAGUUUUUUAUAUGGUUUGCUCAAAAAUAAAAUUCAUGUUCGGGACCCCAAAUCCGGGGUUGCAAGCAGUCACCUGCCCAGAAGUGGGUUAAAAAUGGGUUAAAACAUGUCUCUCAUUCUAUGCAGACAUGAAUAUGCCUUACUAGUAGCUGGUCUAGUACAUUAAUUUCUUGCAGCAAGUUUAACGACCCAGACAGCUUUUGUUUUUUUUUUUUUUUCUGAAGAUUAAUCUGGUUGAUUUGAAGUUAUAUGCAGCUCUUAGAAGGAGCAAUUUUGGUUA